AUGUCUGAUCAAGAAAAUAAUACUAAGACGCAGCAGAGGAUUAUUGGUAGUAAUGUGAUAAAUAUCUCUUCAUGUGAAAAACCAGAUUUCUAUGUACAUCUAGCAUUUAAAAUGCUUGGUGAUAUUAAAGGGAAGGGUAAUUCCACAACAAAAGAUUCUGUUAAAUCAGAUAAUGAAGGUAAAAAUAUUAAUACAAGCUCUAAACACCAGAUACACAAGCAGGUUGUACUAGCUGGUCUUGGUGAAGAUACAAAAACUGUCGUUAAAGUCGCAGGAGAACUAGUUAACAGUAAUUUAAUUGAGAUUUCUAAUAUUCAGACAGAUCUACGUAGAAUUGGCUCUAAAGGAGCAAAUCCUCUUAGCGUGCCAUACAUUGUUAUUGUAUGUACUAAACGUGAUAAAGAAAAUUGA